CCCAUGUGGGAGUCUACAGGUCUGACGAGACUUACAUGCCUCUCUGCGUGUUCCCAUCUGUGCAUACGUGUCUGCUUGCCUCCAUUGUUUCUGUGUGUGGAUGUAUGCCUCUGCGUCUGUGGCUGCCUGUGUGUAUGUGUGGGGGGUCCACGUGCCUGCUGGGCCACACACACUGUGCUCGGAGGCCUCAGCCGGGUGGGUGUUGGGUGCUGUGGUCAUGUGUCCCUGUCCUCUCCUAGGUACCAGGUUGCUUUGCACGCAGGGAGGUGGCAUGGAGUCCCUCUUCCCUGCCCCAUUUUGGGAGGUCCUCUACGGCAGCCACCUGCAGGGCAACCUGUCCCUCCUGAGCCCCAACCACAGCCUGCUGCCCCCCAACCUGCUGCUCAAUGCCAGCCACGGCGCCUUCCUGCCCCUUGGGCUCAAGGUCACCAUCGUAGGGCUUUACCUGGCCGUCUGCAUUGGGGGACUGCUGGGAAAUUGCCUCGUCAUGUAUGUCAUCCUAAGGCACACCAAGAUGAAGACAGCCACCAACAUUUACAUCUUUAACCUGGCUCUGGCGGACACUUUGGUGCUGCUGACGCUGCCCUUCCAGGGCACAGAUGUCCUCCUGGGCUUCUGGCCAUUUGGAAAUGCCCUGUGCAAGACAGUCAUCGCCAUCGACUAUUACAACAUGUUUACCAGCACCUUCACGCUGACCGCCAUGAGCGUGGACCGCUAUGUAGCCAUCUGCCACCCCAUCCGCGCUCUCGAUGUCCGGACGUCCAGCAAGGCCCAGGCCGUCAACGUGGCCAUCUGGGCUCUGGCGUCUGUCGUGGGUGUUCCUGUCGCCAUCAUGGGCUCGGCGCAGGUCGAGGACGAAGAGAUUGAGUGUCUCGUGGAGAUCCCCGCCCCACAGGACUACUGGGGCCCCGUGUUUGCCAUCGGCAUCUUCCUCUUCUCCUUCAUCAUCCCCGUGCUCAUCAUCUCCAUCUGCUACAGCCUCAUGAUCCGGCGGCUGCGUGGCGUCCGCCUGCUGUCCGGCUCCCGGGAGAAGGACCGGAACUUGAGGCGCAUCACGCGGCUGGUGCUGGUGGUGGUGGCGGUGUUCGUGGGCUGCUGGACGCCCGUCCAGGUCUUCGUGCUGGUCCAAGGGCUGGGCGUUCAGCCGGGCAGUGAGACCGCAGUGGCCAUUCUGCGUUUCUGCACAGCCCUUGGCUACGUCAACAGCUGCCUCAACCCCAUCCUCUACGCUUUCUUGGACGAGAAUUUCAAGGCCUGCUUCCGAAAGUUCUGCUGUGCUCCUGCCCUGCGCCGGGAGAUGCAGGUGUCUGACCGUGUGCGCAGCAUUGCCAAGGAUGUGGCCCUCGCCUGCAAGACCUCCGAGACAGUACCACGGCCCGCAUGACUAGGCGUGGACCUGCCCAUGGUGCCUGUCAGCCCACAGAGCCCGUCCACACCCAACACGGAGCUCACCCAGGUCACUGCUCUCUAGGCUGACGGCAACCUGAGCCCUGAGCGUCGCCGGACUCACAGACUUCACCGUGGCUUCAGAGGGCCCGGUGACAUCAUGGGACAGGUCAGACUACAGCUGCCCUCCUGGUUCAGGGUGGAGAGGGGACGCGAGGACCCAGCGGUGAGCGUGCGUGACCAGAGCGCACGCCAACUCUCCUACGCUCCUCGGGACCCUUCUGGCCUCUGCCCCGCCGCACCCUGUGCGCUCUUGGCGUGCACACACCUGGAGGCGUAACAGCAGCGUGCCCACCCCGUGCCCCUGUGCGGCGUGCCGUCUGCGUGGAGCGCUGCCCCGUCUCCUUGGGCUUGGAACUGACUGGAGGGCUGGCAAGGCGUCCGCGGGCAGCGGGGCUUAGAGCCGCUGGCACGGACUUGCCUGUGCCUCAGCUGCUCCUCUUCUCGUCCCCCACCUGCCUCUCAGAGGCUUUUCCCUCCAGAAGCGCCAAGAA